AUGUCUGUGUUGCACACCUCCACGCCCCGCACACCUCCACGCCCCGCACACCACGCCCCGCACACCUCCACGUCCCUCACAUCUCCACGCCCCGCACACCUCCACGUCCCUCACAUCUCCACGACCCGCACACCUCCACGUCCCUCACAUCUCCACGCCCCGCACACCUCCACGCCCCGCACACCUCCACGCCCCGCACACCUCCACGUCCCUCACAUCUCCACGCCCCGCACAUCUCCACGCCCUGCACACCUCCAAGUCCCGCACACCUCCACGCCCCGCACAUCUCCACGCCCUGCACACCUCCACGUCCCGCACACCUCCAUGCCCCGCACAUCUCCACGCCCUGCACACCACGUCCCGCACGCCUCCAUGCCCCGCACAUCUCCACGCCCUGCACACCUCCACGUCCCGCACACCUCCACGCCCCGCACACCACUACGUCUCGCACACCUCCACGCCCUGCACACCCCCACGCCCUGCACACCUCCACGCCCCGCGCACCUUCACGCCCCGCACACCUCCACUUUUCCCUCCACACACCCUCGCCCUCCACACGGACUGGGUGAGGCGGUGGACACGUCUCGCCUGCUGAGGGCGUGUGCUACCUGGUGUGGGUCUGGAGAUGCAGAGUUGUGGUCAUCAUCAUCUUCACCAUUGUCACCAUCACCAGCCUCACCAUGCACUUUCUCUGAUUCCUCUCCACACCAAAGAGUCUCCCAGCCUGCUUCACUCAUCUCUGUCGAAUCCCGUCCACCUCAGGCCAUGGCAGCAAAAUUCUUAUCUCACAACUCCAUCUCUAGGAAAUGUUCGACGGAUUUCAAAUGA